AUGGGCAAAUAUCGCUCAGGCAUGGAUGACUCGAGCAUCCCUGAUCCCGCCGAAGGCGACUUCACCAAAUUCAACGCGGCUAUCAUCGUCCUCGUAGGUCUUCUUGAGAAGGCUGGGCCCGGAGCGCUGGACAAGGCCGUCGAGUCGGCCAAAACGAAGAUCCCCGACUACAUGAGAAGAUUCAAAAUCACAAACGGCUUCAGAUUCCUCGUCUUCGCCAAUGAUUUGUUAAAGUGGCAGCCGGAGGAAGACGCGCAGAGCAAGGACAUUUACGACAUCCUCUGUAUGUUUUACUUCAUCCUCGACCAGGAGCCGCUCCUUGUGCUGCAAACGCGAAUCACACCGGAGUCAGUCUGUCUACCUCAGAGUCCGCUCUCCAGUUGGAUAGUCAUGUUCUCGCAGCUCAUUGGGCAGUUCUUGGACACUCCCAUGUCCGUCACCCCUCGGACCCUGGAGUCCUUCAAAAACUCGCCAAAGUACGAAUACCACGAAGCCAUAGAGCCUGAAGGGGGGUUCCGUACCUUCAACGACUUUUUCUCUCGCAAGCUGAAGCCGGGAAUGAGGCCUAUCUCUCACCCGGAUGACGACAAGGUUAUUUGCUAUCCUGCCGACUGCACUUACGACAACAGCAUCGAAAAUCAGAGCAUUGUCGCCGUCAACAACAUGGGAGAGGUCUUAAUCAAGGGUAUUCCAUGGACCAUAGAUGAUCUGCUACAUGGCAGCAAAUAUGCGAGUGAGUUCCAUGGCGGGGUCUGGAUGCAUGCAUUCCUCAACACGUACAACUAUCACCGCCAGCAUGCGCCUGUCUCUGGGGUUGUGCUGGAGGCGAAGAACAUCCAAGGGGCGGCUUACAUGGAGGUCAACGACAAGUGCCAACCCAACCGAAAGAUCUCGGUCUCUGAUGGAGACAAGAAGCAAGACUCUACGUGCGUGCUGGAGGUACCCGACUCUCCGGGCUACCAGUUCCUCCAAACCAGGGGUUGCGUCAUCAUCGACAACCCGGUGCUCGGGAAAGUGGCCGUACUGCCGAUUGGUAUGGCCAUUGUAUCGGGUGUCAGGUUGACAAUAAGAGCAGGGGAUACAGUGAGGAAGGGCGACGAGAUCUCAACGUUCUUAUUCGGGGGGUCGGACGUCAUCCUCGUGUUCCAGAAAAAGGCAGGCUUGCAGGUCAAUGAUUUUGUGCCCUCGCCAAUGGAUGAAGCCGGCAACCAGACUCAUUCAAAGUACGGGACUAUUCUUGCGAGGGCGCCUUGA